AUGCAGAGCGCCAGGGCCCAGCCACCGGGCCUGGGUGGGGAUGGAGCCUGCCUGCUGGCUGCUCUGCUCUGGCUCAGCCUCCUACCCCCACCUGCCAGCGCCACUAGCGCUACAAAUGUAACGACCGCCCAGACCACGAAGACUACUCCAUCCCUAUCUCAGAUAUGUGGCAGGACCAAUUUCCAAGGGAAGAUCUUUGGCGGUCAGAUGGCAACACCUGGGCGGUGGCCAUGGCAGGCCAGUCUGCGCUUACAUGGCAGGCAUAUCUGUGGAGCAGUUCUCAUUGACAAAAACUGGGUAGCCGGUGCUGCCCACUGCUUCCAAAGGUCUCACAACCCAAGAGACUACCAGAUCAGGCUAGGGUACACCAAGCUGAGCAGUCCCACAACGUACAGCAGGGAGAUGUCAGUGUACAAGCUCAUCGUUCAUAAAGACUACGACAAAUUCUACCGCCAGGGAAGCGACAUCGUCCUGAUGCAGCUGGAAUCACCUGUGGAGUACAGUUCCCACAUCCUCCCAGCCUGUGUCGCAAACAAAGACACAAAAAUCCCCAGUCAUAAGGCCUGCUGGGCAAGCGGCUGGGGGCAUCUCAGAGAGGAUGUGCGCCAGCCUUUACCUGACGAACUCCGUGAAGUAAAGCUUAUCCUCAUGGACAACGAACAGUGUAAAUCAUUUUUCCCAGAACCAUCACCUGGCUCCACUAGAGGCUACUACAUAUAUGAUGAUAUGGUCUGUGCAGCUGACUAUGAGAUGACAAAAUCCAUCUGUGCAGGAGAUUCCGGGGGCCCCCUCGUCUGCUUACUGGAUGGCUCCUGGUACUUGGUGGGGCUGACCAGCUGGAGCUCAUCAUGUGAGACCCCAAUCUCCAGCCCCAGUGUCUUUGCCAGGGUCUCCUACUUUGACAACUGGAUUAAAGAACACAAGAAAGCGUCGCCUGAUCCAAAGCCACAGGAGCCCUACAGCCCCCCUCCCCACCAAAGACCCUCUUACAACAAGCCAAGACCCCCUGUGAGUGAGACUCCCUGGAACAGUGACAAAGACCAAGGCACUGUCAUCUGUGUGGCCCUGCUGACUUCUCAGUUCCUCCUCCUCCUCCUCUUCCUCCUUCUCCAGUUGGUUUAG